AUGUGGGAAUUGUUCUUUGGUAUCAGGCCUCAGAAGAAGCUGCGCAAAACUGUUGGAUAUGUUCCAUCUGUUGAUACAUUUUCAGACAAGCCACUGGUUGAAUUGGCGGUGAAGUACACAUGUUGGGAGACGGGGUUCUUGAUACAAAUUGUGGUGAUCAUCGGCUUAGUUUUGUUUGCCGGGAUGACGUCGGGGCUCACAAUAGGCCUGAUGUCCCUGAGCCGGGUUGAUCUCGAGGUUCUUGCCAAAUCCGGAACUCCAAAAGGACAAGAAACAUGCCCGGAAGAUACUUCCCCUCCCGAGAAACCAACACCUGGUGCUGUCCUCAAGCUGUCUGGCACCAAAUAUGGUCUGGCUAUUGGUGCGACUCUCGCACCUUUUGUGCGUGUUCUUGUUUGGGGCACCAAGUAUAAUAAAGCUCUGUUUCGCCGAGAAGAGUUGAAAACUCUGGUUGAUUUCCAUGGUAACGAGGCCGGUAACGGUGGAGAUCUUUCACACCACGAGGCGAUCAUCAUUGCCGGCGCUCUUGAGCUGAGUGAGAAAACAGCUGGUGAUGCAAUGACUCCGAUUUCGAAGACGUUUGCGAUUGAUGUUGAUGCUAAACUUGAUAGAUCCCUGAAGAAGUUGAUUCUGGAUAAAGGGCACAGCUGGAUUCCAGUUUACAAUGGGGAUUUGACAAACAUUAGUGGAGUCAUUUUGGUUAAAAGCUUGUUAACCAUUCCUGCAGAGGUUGAAGUCCCUGUGAAGAGUGUAACGAUUCGUAAAAUACCAAAGGUUGAAGAAACAAUGCCGUUGUAUGAUAUCUUGAAUGAGUUUCAGAAAGGUCAUAGUCAUAUGGCUGUUGUCGUAAGACGGAAGAAUGAGAAGCCUGAUGAGGAAGAAGAAGAGGAAAGCAAGAGAGUAGAUGAAGUUUGGAUAGAGAUUGAUGGCGGGAAAACCCAACUGGAAAACACACUGAAAACCAAGAGAACGCUGCACAACUGCAAAAUCUUUCCUAAUAACCAUGACUGUGGUAGAAGCGGAAGAAUCCGAAAGUGGACAAAUGAGGAGAACAUCAUCUUAGAUGUAGAUGGAAACCCGCUUCCCAAACUCCCAGAAGAAGAAGAAGAAGAGGCAGUUGGGGCUCUGCCCAAGAAGUUUGUGAACAACUUAAGAAAGAAGCUGGCAGGAAGUGUUGUGCUCCAAGGCCCUACCGGUGAUGUAUGGAAUGUUGGAAUAAAAGCAUUUGCCAGCACUUUGUAUUUCAAGAACGGGUGGAAGGAAUUUGUGCAAGACAAUUCCCUGGAAGAAAAUGAUGUUUUAUUCUUUAAGUACAUGGGAAAUUCACGCUUUGAUGUCGUGAUGUUUGAUCAGAAAAGUUCAUGUGAGAAAGAAGGUUCUUGCUUCAUGAGAAGAUGCAAAGCUGAGAGUGUAGAGCUUGACGCCAAUCAAGAAAUGAAGGAUAAAUUGCCAGCUGCAACUGUGGAGGAGGUUGCUGGCGAAUCUUCAUCUGAAGUUUCGAACGAAUCCCCAGCUAGUAAAAAGCAUAAAAGGGAUGAUGAUACAGGAACCACAUCAAAAUCUGAUGGGAAUCCUCUUCUAAUAAAGGCCAAUGAUCAAGGCAGUAACAAAAAGGAGCACAAUGCUUAUGAUAUCAAAUACCGUAAGCUUUUAUCUAAUUGGAGGCCGGUCACCAAUGAAAUGAAAGAAAAAGCUCUAAAUGAGGCUAUUGCACUCGCAGCAGAAACCGAAGCUUCUUUUGUUAUGAAUAUGAUAAAGUCACAUGUUCUCACAGCAUUCUAUGUGUCUAUUCCUGCUCAAUGGGCAAGAAAACACCUCCCUUUCCAAAGCCAAUAUAAACAUGCGAAUCUCGUAGUUGAAGAGAACACAUGGCAGGUCAAAUUCCGUAGAAAGGGGAAUACUUGUGGCCUGGGAAGUGGUUGGAAGAAUUUUGCAGCUGAAAAUUACCUUGAAGAAUCUGAUGCUUUAGUAUUUGGUCUGGUUAACAAGACAACAGAUUCCAUAACCUUCAAUGUCAGGAUCUUCCGAGUGGUAGAGAAGAACAUGAAACUUAAACAAGCCAUGCUUACUACUUCUCGACGAGUGAUUGUAGGAGGGUUGCGCCGUCCCCAACUAAACAAGCAAAGGGGAAUAACUAACUAG